AUGGUGCAUCCAUACGAAGACAGCAGACAAAACUCAGGUCCGCAACGGCGGGCCUAUCCUCCCCGUGAUGAUCGCGAUGGUCGCAUGUACGAUGACCGCUCGAGAUCUCGCUCACCUGGCGGCUACUCUGGCUCCCACCAACGGCACGACAAUCGCAGGCGCGAAUACUCGGAGAAUUGGGAUGCGAGGGCUCCCCCUCAAAACAGAGACCAGGAUGAUCACCGUCUUCGCCCUUCACGAUCGCCUCAGCAUCGAGGACGGCAGACAUAUCGAGAUCGUGAUCGGGAGGGUUAUCGAUCGCCUGGUCAUAGUCGCAGUCGAAGCUAUAGUCGCAGCCGCAGUGCUCGGCGAGGUGGGCCGGGCUUUGGUCGCGAGAGCAAAGAUAUUAUGAUGGACGGACUGCCGCAGGAUAUGUCAGAGGAUGAUGUGAGUUACCUUCUGCCUGAAUACUUUUCUUCGAUGUCAGGCGUUUUGCUCACCUUUUCUUUCUCGGUACAGGUUUCAGCAGAACUCGAGCAAGCUUACCACAUCGUCGGCCUGGAAGAAAUCCGCGUUAUUCUUAGUGAACUGAACUUCUGCUAUGACAAGACGAUCAGUGUUCUCAUGGAUAUUAUGUUGGCAGAGGUAUCGCGAGGUCUUGGAUUCCUUCGUUUCCGAACUAUCGACUAUGCCAGGGACUUUUUAGAACGGAACCACCCCUGCAUCUAUCUAUAUGGCCCAACUGCUGGAGAGAACGAUCGCAGUACGAAGGUUCGAAUAGCAUACAGUCGUGAACGGGAAGAUCGAGCCCGGGCGAAAGCCGAUGGGGAUUGGACGUGCCGAAUGUGUGGAGUUGUCAAUUUCGCAACCCGGGCAAAGUGCUUUCGGUGUAAUGCACCUCGUCCUGGUUGGUUUACUACAUCAGAACUAGGUCCAGUUGGUCCUCCCGGGGUCCCUGCCCCGAAAGUAGUGAACAAUGGGGAUAAUGACGCCGCACCUGAAAACCAACCAUCCCAAUUCAUCCUCAUUAGAGGGUUAGAAGGGUCUGUCAACGAAGAUCUCCUUGCAAAGGGCGUCGCCAAACUAUACCGACCAAAUGUGGGAAAUAACGAUAACACCACUAAUACGCAAAAGAAAGCUGGCAAGGUUGCUUCAACAACUGGAGAUGCUAAUCCUGGGGCCCGCGAAGGUUCUAUUCGGCGUGUAUUAUUGGUCCGAGAUCGUAAGACGAAUGAAAGUUGGCAUUACGGGUUUGCUGAGUUUGCCAAUGUCAUGGAUGCGCAAGCUGCUAUUCAACGAUUGAAUUCUUUCGACAAAUUCACCAUCUCAUCCCGACCAGUCCUAGUUAGCUACAUCCAUGCGGGAGUUUUCGUACCAGUUAUGGAUCCCCAUCCCAGUACAGAACACUUCACAUUCAGUCCGCUUGCCAACCCCUCGCUAAAGCUCAUGUAUUGGGACGAUGAGGGAUACGUGACGGAACUCAUGUUGUCAUCUCCCGAAGACGACGUCGGCUUUGACCAAUCCAAGAGCGACAAGGCUGUCGCAGGCCAAGAUGAAGGCCAGUCUAAGGGACAAAAGGAUACGGAGAAGGCCAAAAAGAGAAAGGCAGAUGCGCCAGCCAAUGCAAAUGCAAAGAAACUUGCCAUGCCCUCUCAAUUGCAAUUUUGGAGCAAUCGACACGCCGAGCUCCACGGUAUCCCAAAAGACAGCGAUGGAAAUGUCAUUGAGACCCCAUCGGAACCUCUCGAUCAGAACGCCCCGCCGACUCAGUCUUAUGCGGACCUUAAUCGCAACUGCUGCUAUUUGUGCAUGCGCCAAUUUAAGAGUACCGCCAAUGUCAAUCGCCAUGAACGCCUGAGUGCACUGCAUCGAGAGAACCUACAAAAUGAACAAGCGAAGAGUCGUGGUAUGGGGAAACUCUUCAAACAUGGCAUUGUGCCACCGACGGCUGAAUAUCGUGACCGUGCCCGAGAACGUCGAAAGGCAUUUGGCCGGGGCAAGCCUAGCGCUGGAACUGGAACUGGAGCUGCUCGAUCGAAACCCUCGGCUCCGGAGGAAGAGGAACCACCAGUGCAGACAACGUCCAAGGGUGCAUCGCUACUUAGUAAGAUGGGCUGGUCAGCCGGUUCUGGCUUAGGUGCACAGGGUACAGGCGUCACAGCCCCCAUUGCUACAGAGGUUUACGCGCAAGGGGUCGGAUUAGGAGCUCAGGGCAGCAAACUGGGCGAUGCAAGCGAAGAAGCAGCUCGCAAUACCCGGGGCCGCUACGACGAAUUCCUAGAAAAAACCAAAGCAACAGCUCGACAGCGGUACGAUAAAAUGAACCAGUGA